AUGCCAUUGCGACUUUGCAAGGCCGAAAUAUUACAGAAUAACGGGAAAUUUCAAACUUUAUUACAUGUUCGAAAUGUCCGAUGUUAUUAUCCUUUAAAAAUAUUUCCAUUUAAUAGUUAUUCAACUUUUAAAAACGAAACUAUAAAAUCUAAUUCUAAAGUAAAGAAUGAAGUCUUUAGAGAUCCUGUCGGCUCACCUCAAUCAAAUAUAACAGAAAAGAUUGGUAUGAUUGAUGUUUCAGCACAUCGACCCAUAUCUUCGUUUCGAAAUUCAAUAAUAAUAUUCAAAGAUACUAUUCGAAAUUCUAUCAUAAUAACCAAAUUACGCGAACAACCAUUAGUUAAAAGAAUAAGAAACACAAAUUUUCAAGAUAUUAUUCAACGUGUACUCGUCAGGGUUUCCCGAUUCUUAAACGAAAUUACUGGAUAUUCUGCAGUGGAAAAAAUGAAAGAACAGGUGGCGCAACAAGAAAAUGAUUUUAAAGCCACACGAAAACGUCAGGCGGAAGCAAAAAUUGCCUACGAGAAGGCAAUUGACGCACGAUCCAAUACUCAACGCGAAAUUAAUGGAAUACUUCAACGUAAAACCCAAUGGUCAGGUGACGAUGUGGCCAGGAUUACUCAACUUUAUAAAGAUGAACAUGAAAAUAUGCAAAAGGAAAUUUCUGCGAAGGAAGAAUUCACUAAAUGUGAAAGACAAGUUGAACAAGAAUUUACGGAUCUAAGUAAGUCAAUGAUGGUACGAUAUCAUGAGGAACAACUUUGGAGUGAUAAAAUUCGUAGUGCAUCUAAUAUUCUUGCAAGUUCUAUAGUAAUAUUUAAUGUAAUAUUCUUUUUGGGAAUGCAAACAUUUGUUGAAUCAAGGAGAAGAAAGAAAUUAGUUGAUAGAUUUGAGAGUUUACUUAUUAAACAAACACAAGAAAGAGAUGAAAAAUUAGAUAACGGAAUUAUUCAACCAUCAACGAAAAAUUUUGAAAUAUUAAAUAAGAAAAUGGAUAACUUAUUACAAAUUUCAACGACGGGUUUACAUGAUAAUUUAUCAAUGGUGGAAGGAUCAACGAAACUUAAAUCUUUUAUGGAUGAUUUUGAAAAACCUUUAGAUGAUAAUCAACGUACAAAAAAACCAAUUGAACUAACUAGAGAUGAAUUUGACAAUAUUAUACUUAUAUCAACUCUCUUAGGGGCAUCUAUAGGAUUACUUAUUGGUGUUAUGGCAAAUGAAAUAUUCAAUAGAUGA